GUCAGUUGUAUAGCCGUAUAGGUACUAAUACAUAUUGUAUUAUAUACAUAACAGUGAUUUGGUAAUAACCAUACAAAAACAAAACUAAGCGUCCUUGACUAGAUUUAGUAACAUUUAUUUUUGUUUGAAAACACAGCAGACAGUAAAAUUGAUAGUUUGAUAGUUUAUAUUCUUAGUAGUUUGAAUUAACAGUAUGUAUAAGACAAGUGUGUUAUGGUUGUGUGCUCUACUGUGGUCAGUUGGACUAGCAGUCACACCGAUACCAUCGCGGUCACCAGAUAAAAAUAAUAAUGUUGACUGUACAGGACCGAUUGCAUUUACAUCAACUGGGAGUACAUCAGUCCAUUCUACAGGUCUGGUAGCGUAUAAACAGAAUGUUGUUAACCUAGCUGUUACAUGGGAUCGUGAGGUUGGUGUCUAUACUUGUGCUUGUUCCGGCCUCUAUCAAUUUUCUUUUUCUGGUUCCACCGAAGAAAACACAAGGAUGGUGUUGAAGAAAAGAUUAAACAAUGGUAAACAGUGGACACCAAUUAUAGCAACAAAACCAGGCGGUGGAUCAGCUACAAUAUUUUUGGAAGUAGAGAGUGGAGAUCAAGUAGCUGUGUAUUUGGAUGGGAAUUCAAAAAAAUUCAACGCUAGACAUGAACAAGGUGUAGAGGUUACAUCGUUCAGUGGUUACAGAGUAGCAAAAUCUUAGUAAAAAUUAAGUGUUGUUUGACUUACCAACAACAAAAUACAAAAUUUGUAUUAGCAUUAAUAUAAUAGGUACCUAAAAUUUAAAAAUAAAAAGUUCUGAACAGCAAUUUAUACUGAAAA